GAUGCAGCCGCUCGCUCGCAGCCUGCUCGGUGUCCCGGCUGUGCUAGCGCUUCUUACCUGCUCCCUGGAUUUUGCUGUGGCUGCCAAAGAUGUAAAGAAAGAUGGCAAGAAUUUGCAGAAUUUGGGAAAAAGUGAAACAUCAAGUAAAAAUGACUUAGAUUUAAAAGAAGUUGUAUUUGUCAUCCAGAGUCAAAGUAAUUCUUUUCAUGCAGAGAGAGCAAAGCAAUUAGAGCAAAACAUCUUAAAACAGGCUGCAGAGCUUACCCAGGAGCUCCCCAGAGUUCUUCUUGUUCAUCUGCUGGAUAAGCAUGAAGGAGCCUGGACCAUACUUCCGUUAUUACCUCAUUUUUCCACAACAUUUAGCAGAAACUCAUCAUGGAUUUUCUUCUGUGAAGAAGAAACAAGAAUACACAUUCCAAAGCUCUUAGAAACUCUGGGAAGAUAUGACCCAUCUAAGGAGUGGUUUUUAGGAAAAGCAUUACAUGAUGAACAAUCAACAAUCAUUCACCAUUAUGCCUUUGCUGAAGAUCCUACAGUUUUCAAAUUUCCUGAUUUUGCUGCAGGCUGGGCCCUUAGUCUUCCUCUUGUGAACAAGCUUACCAAGAGAUUGAAAAGUGAGUCCUUGAAGUCUGACUUUACAAUUGACUUAAAACAUGAGAUUGCUCUCUAUAUUUGGGACAAAGGCAAUGGACCACAUCUUACCCUAGUGCCUGAGUUUUGCACAGAUGAUGUGAGCUCUCCUAAGGCUAUGGGUUGUGCCACAAUGUUUCAUACUUUUCUACCACUUUGUGGAAAUCCAGUGAAGGAGAUGGAUGUUUUUGUUGCUGUAAAAACAUGCAAGAAAUUUCAUGAUGAUAGAAUACCUAUUGUAAAGCAGACUUGGGAAAGGCAGGCAAGUCUCAUUGAAUACUACAGUGAUUAUGCAGAGAAUUCGAUUCCUACUAUAGAUUUGGGAGUGCCUAAUACAGAAAGAGGUCAUUGUGGAAAGACGUUUGCUAUUUUGGAAAGAUUCUUGAAUCAUAGCAGUGAUACAACGGCUUGGUUAGUCAUUGUGGAUGAUGAUACAUUAAUAAGUAUCUCCAGACUCCGGAACUUACUUAGCUGUUAUGACUCAAAUGAACCAGUGUUUCUGGGAGAGCGUUAUGGCUAUGGAUUGGGAACUGGUGGAUACAGCUACAUCACUGGAGGAGGAGGUAUGGUCUUUAGCAGAGAAGCAGUUCGGAGACUUUUGGCCAGUAAGUGUCGAUGCUACAGCAAUGAUGCCCCAGAUGACAUGGUGCUUGGCAUGUGUUUCAGUGGUCUGGGAAUCCCGGUGACACACAGCCCUCUCUUUCAUCAGGCUCGACCAGUGGAUUACCCAAAGGACUACCUUUCUCACCAAGUUCCCAUAUCAUUUCACAAACACUGGAACAUCGAUCCAAUAAAGGUGUAUUUUACUUGGUUGGCACCCAGUGCGAAAGAUGCCACCAGUGGCAGGAAGCAGUUCAUCCUAGGGAAAAUAGAGCAACACAUACUGCAACAUAUCUUACAGCAAGGGUGACUUCUUGCUUGAAAUAAUGUAUAAAGAAGAAUUAAGUGUUUUGGCACAAAUGUUGGUGGGGACCUAUUCCAAUUUUAACUUCUGGUUUUUAAAUCUAUUAAUGAUGAGAAAUACUGGGAAAGGAGUAAGCAUGACAUUGUUGAUUGCGUAUGAAUGCGUAUAGAAUACUGGCUUAUGGAAACCACUGUGGAUUGUGAAGACUCAAGUGGAUUUGUGACUUCACCGAUUUGAGAAUUCCCUCCUGUGAUACGGAUUGCCCCAUGGGACUCUUGCCUAUGUCCUCCCAAAAGUUUACCACAGGGGCUCUCUUCAUUGUUCCAAAGGACUUCCUUGCUUUCUCCAGACAUCAUGAGAGUACCUUUGGAGAUCCUUGGCUGUCUUUCCAUCUCUUCCUUCUGCUAAUUACUCUUGAUUUUUUGACUUUUUUACUUAUAAAUGUUUUAUUCUGCACCCUGGUGAAAAGAUAUUUCUAAUAAACUGUUUAGACUUUAGAAAUUCAUCUAUAGCUCACUGCUCCCUGAAGCCCUGGAAUUUAGAGCCCACAUAUAAUCUCAAAGUUUUGACUCAUCGCUAUCAAAUAAUAGUGCUCUUCCAUAGCUGAAAAUAAGAAUGGAAUAUUUUAUCUUGAGUAGAUGAGCUGUAAUAUAGAUCCCAGGAAGUGAAGUAAAUUUGAAUGUUUUUGAACAUGAUCUUUCACAGUAAUUUUGGGGUUUCACUGAAUGUUACUUCGUAUCUCUGCCUUGACUCAUUGUGGAACAUCAAACCUUAACAUAAGUGGACAGUGGGAGAAUUGAGUUGUUUUCUUGAACUCUUAAGGAAUGUAUUUUGAACAUGAUGUUUUGAAGCUACUCUCAUUUUUAAACCUUUAUCCAAAUGAUACCUUAGUAAUGUAACACAUUCACGUAAAAGAGUAUUAUAUAUUUUAAAUCAGUUUGGUUUUUUCUAUGUAUAAUUCAGUUUUGUAAAGAUAUUUGUACAAAAUCUGACUUUAGUAUUCUAAACUAGUUUUUGUAAAGUAAA